GGACGCGGCGGGUCUCGGGAAAGGGAGCGCACUGUUUGCGCAUGUAGUGCGCUAGUACGCGGACCGCACCGAGAACAGUCAGUGUAGACCUCGACAGGCUGCGUUUUAGAAAGUUCAGCAUGGAACGGAAGUUUUAAAGUAGUUUUAGAUAUAUUUUUAAAGAAGUGUGUAUUUAUUAUACUCAGGUGUUGUUGGUUUCUUCGACUAGAAAUGGCCGGUUUGAAAAGGCAGCGGUCGUGGCAUGAAGACUUCCCCAGGAACUUUCUGAGACUCUUCUCGAGAAAUAAAGCCUUCGAGCAAAACAAAACCGAGCCGGAGAGGGAGAAGCGGGAGGAACUUGAGGAUGACGGUGCUGCCAGCCAGUCUAGUGAGGUCCACUCGCUGCUCACACCUGAACAUCACCUGAACGCAUCAUCAUUAGCACAGGUGCUGGAACACUCGGAGCAGGACGGGGCACUGGAGGGAGACGGUGUGUGCGAUCACGAGGACGGUGUUCAGGGGGAUGCAGAGAGCGACCCUCCUACCAUAACACCCCCUGUCUCUGAGCCCUGCUCUCCACUGCCCCCUGUAGACGGUUUCUUCAGGCGCUUGGGCAGCCUGUUUCUUUUCACUCGAGCUCAGCCUGGAGAAGAGGACACACAGCAUACGGUAAAGAAAGAUGCAGAGACAAGUGAGGAAAAAGAAGCAUACAUCCAGCCACUGAAACCCCAGGAGGUGUCUCACUGUACUGCAGGUCCAGAGGUCGAAGCCACAAUUCAAACUGGGCAAGACGUACAAGAUACACAGCUGCAGGAAGAGGCUUUGGCCAAAGAGGAUGGAAAUACAGCAAUAGAGAACCCGUCUGCUGCUGUGGAAGAAGAGAACGAGGAGAAAGAAGAGCAGGAGCGGCGUCGUGCUCUGGCAUGCCCCCCAGUGGUAACACAUGUGACGUACCGUGGCCUUAGGAAAAUCAGGAAGAUGAAGAGGAACCAGGAAGUGCAAAUCUACUCCCCAAUCUCGGAGGGAGAGGAGGGGCAGUGCAAAGUUGAUGUGGGUCUGUCUGCCUCCGAAGAAGAAGAAACAGAGCAGAAUGAGGCAAACACAGGCAGUCAUGUCAUACCUCCCCCCACAGAGAUCCUUUCAGGACAGCCUAACCCGAAAACAUUAUCUUCAAACGGUGUUUGUUCUGAUUAUGCUUCAGUGGGUUCUUCCACUGUAAACUCCAACACUUGCAGAAAAGCAGAGGCAGAAGGAACGCACAGUGCUUUGAGCUCAAGUGCCUUACAGAUACACACCAAGGCCAAUAUAAAUUCUUUAGACUUUGAUACUGGUAAGAUGUGUACGAAUGAGGAUAGUGCCUGUAGGUCUACUAUUUUAGAGGCGGUUAUCGUUGGUGAAGCUCAUAUCCAUAAGUCCGAGCCAUUCGAAUCUGAAUCGGAGCUUGAGACUUGUCUACAUUCAGAGUCUCUUUAUAUGGAGGAUCUGAUGUUUGACUUUUUAGCUGAAACCCCAGGUACUUCCCAAAUGCAGCCGUCCAACGCUGAUACUGCCGCAAACUCGAACACACAUUUUCCUGAAAUUAACACUGCCUCCAACUUGCACACAAACUCCGCUGGUUUGAAAAUUGCUCCUGAUUCCUGGCAGGAUAGCAAACUGUCUAGUUCUGGCCUAGAUGGAUGGGACCAUAAGGAAACCCGAGCCCCGGGGUUACCAUCUGUAGCAGAAAUUUCGGGACACGCCGCCUGGCAGGCGGAGUUCAUCCUGGACGAUGAAGAGACAGAACAGCUGGAUGUAGAUAGAGAGACACUACAGCUAGAGUCCAAAAAGUUAGUAGACAGCAUUCUCACAAAUGCUCUGGCUGCCCUGGAGAGGAUUGACGUUUCUGAGCGAGAAAGUGAGACUCGAUCAAGAGAUGAGUUUAUUGAGGGGAUGGAGAAUCUCAUCUUUAUGGGACCAAAGGAUGAAGAAACCAGCCUGGGGCAGGCACUGAGAGAACAUUUACCUGUUCAGGGUGAUGGGAAUCCCCAGACAACCAUCUCUGAUGGAACUUUGGGCAGCAGGAUACAGACAGAUGGGAGUCGGUCCACCCCGUCCUCAGGCUACGAGUCCAUUGCUGGUUCAGACACGGAUAUCCGGACCAGUGUGGCCAUUAGUGCUGAUGUUACCUCGACCAGUGGGCUAUUCAGCAUGCAGGAACUCCGAGAGGAAACGGUGAGUGGAUGUUAUCCAGAUGAUGUUACCAAGCUGAGCAUGGAGAGGAAUUCUGCCUCUCAAAAUGAUAAACCGGACUCUCUCCAUCACAGUCCUGCUUUGCUACUUGGAGUAAAUCUUGAGAAGGGAGGACCUGCCACAACUAAGACAAACAAUGAACAAUUACACCAGUAUGUUUUUAGUGAUAGCAAUAUAACGUCUGGACAGCCAGCCACAUCUGAAACUUCAUGCGAGUUACACAGAGGACAGGCACAGUGUGUUUUGGAUGAGCACGUUUGUUUUCCGCAGAACAAGAAUGACCCAGGGCUUGAGUAUUCAGCCAAAGACAAUCUAGAAAGCAAUAAUCAUGGUCAUGCAUUGCACAUGAACUCAGGUGAUGUAUCUACAAUCAUUAACGCUAUGGAAUCAAGCCAAGUAGAGGGCAUGAGAAAAAGCUUGUCUCAAGUCGGUGUAAAUAACCCAGAUUCGGAACAGCUUGCUGAAAAUAACGUAUUUCUAGUACAAGAGUCCUCUGAAAACGAGGACGGGCCAAAUCCGUCAGUGGUCCAAAGCUAUGCACAUGACAAGAUGAUAGAACCUCAUCUGAUCAGUUGUGAGAGUUCGGACAAGCCCACAUUGGUUUCUCAGGAUAUAAAAAGUGGAGAUACACAAGGGUCAUCGAACUGUGCAGGCACAGGGGAGCCAAGCUUAGUCCCAGAUGUGGCACCUUUAGCAUAUGCAGUUGAGCCUGGACCAGAUGGUGAGACCUGGGAGGAGGAGAAGGCCUCUGCUGGUCCACAGCGCUGGCUGCUCAGUUCAGAGACACCAGCUGGUUCUAGCGAUGACUCGGAGUGUUUCCGAGCAGUUAAAGUGACUGUUGUUAAUGACCAGAGCCAGGAAGAUGAUGCACUAAAGUCAGAUUCCUCAAGAGGACUGAGCAUGGACAGAGCCGCUGGCAGGCUAGCAGCCUUUCCAGUUUCAGCUAGACCUCACCUAGACCUCCCUGGCACCUUUGCCAUAAUCAGCGAGGAGGAGGAGACUGAUACAGUGUUUGUGAAUGACACGGGGCCUUUGCUGAGUCCGAGCACACGUCGGGUCAAGAUCUACCCCUUUUCCCUUUCCCCAAUAUACGAGGAAGACAGUGGAAGAGAGGACGCCUCACGGGACGAUGUGCUGCAUGUGCCCCCAGCCACAGAGGAGGAGCAGCGGAGUGUGGAACAGCAAGCCUCCUCCAUCCUUUCGCUCCUGCAGUCUGUCAGUGAGAGGUUGCAAUCGUCCACCUUUACCAGCUCUGAGACAGAGGAAGAAGUGGAAGACAGGCCAGAUGAACCGGAGUACCCUCAGCGUUUUCUCAGGCCCCUUUGGGAUCGCUAUGAUGAUAACGACGACAAUGAUGCCACAGUUGAUGGAGAGUCGAGCUUGCUGUUACACCAACAGCUCACAGGGACAACGUUCCUCAGUAAGGAACCAACGAAGGAUGAGGACUCUCCUCCCAGCCUUAGUCCACAACAGAAAACCAGUGAAACUCAGGAUGGGGAUUUGGAAGGAAAUCGUUGUGAAGCCACUCUGAGCAGUGCUGUAAGGACUGCCAAUACUCCGUUCUAUCAAUAUUUGAAAUCCAAUGUAGUGCCAUCACUUGCCACAGAGAGUAAAUCUUUUCCUAAUGGGGAAAGUUUGACCAGUACUACCGUGAUAGAGAUGGGAGGGUUUGGGAAAGUCAGUCCACGGCCUACUCUGCUGCACAUCUACGAGGGUCUGGCACCAUGUGGGAAAAGGAUUGAGAUCUGCGGGGACGUGGAGGAUGUGGGGGAAUUUUUUUUCCCACAAGAAGCCACAGUCCAGGCCCAGAGAGGGUGUUGGCUACUGUACGUGGAACGGAGAUACCAGGGAUCUUGUAUCCUGCUUGAAGAGGGACAGACUAUACAGACCAGUGGCGAGACUAGAGAGCGGGAUGGGCCCUCUGCUCCUGCCACAUUGUCUGUUGGCUCUUUCAGGAGAGCAGUGAAGGAUGACGCUGUUCCAGAGAUUCAUCUCCAGUUAGCGAGUGCUAAGAAGAAAGAGCAUGUUUGUCUCCACUCUGAAGCUGAUGACAUAGGCGCACAUGACCCUGUCCACCUCUCUGACCUCAGUGUGCGCUCUGGAUGCUGGGUGGCCUACGAUGGUGCUGGAUUCACAGGAAAUAGCACGGUUCUGGAAGCUGGAGGCUUGACCACACCCAUUCUACAGAAUGCUCCCAUCUCCUGCGUGCGGUCACUGCGUCCAAUGAGAAUGGGAGGUCUGAGAGUACGAAGACCUCUGGAUCCUAAGAUGGUGAUGUAUGAGAAGCCGUUCUUUCAGGGUCGAUGCAAGGAGCUACUGGAGAACACACCUAGCCUAGAAACUGCUGACGGAGUAGUACGUGUCUCUUCGCUACGAGUCACUGGUGGAGUGUGGUUGGGCUACUCCUGUGAAAACUACAGAGGGCAACAAUGUCUGCUGGAGGAAGGCGAGUACAGCAACUGUACCACGCUCUUCAGUGAACCAGGAAACGUUCUAAGAUCCUGCCGCUUCCUUCAGGCUGAUUUCAUUGAGCCUGCGGUGUCGCUUAACAGUUGCGGGGAGCAGAUUGAGCUUGUGGACCAGGACGUGGCGGACCUGCAGCAGGCUGGGCUAGUGAAUGAAGCAAACGCCAUCCACGUUAGAAGUGGAGUGUGGGUAGCCUACAGCGGGAGAUAUUUCACAGGUGAACAGUGUAUACUUGAGAAGGGCCGAUACUCUGGAGCAUUAGACUGGGGUGGCAGGGAGUGUUCACCCGUCUCCAUCCGGGCUGUACGGAGGGAGCUUUGUGGAGAAAUGGAUCCAAAGUUCAUGCUGUGUGCCUACAGCAAACCAUGCUUUGCGGGAGAAAGCAGAGAAUUUGAAAGUGAAGUGGCAGACUGUCCCAUGUCAAAUCCCACGUCAUUCCGAGUAAUUCAGGGCAGGUGGUUGCUGUACGAUGAAAAGGGUUUCUGUGGUAACCAGUUUGUCCUUGAAGAGGGCUUUUAUCCAGACCUCACCUCCUUUGGCUGCAUGGCAACAGCCAUUAAAUCCUUCAAACCCAUUCAAUAUAGCUUCUCGGAGCCCUCCAUCAGCCUCUUUUCACUGAGCUCGUUUGAGGGGUUGAAGACUGAGACAGGUUUACCCAUGGAGACCAUGAGCAACUUCUUUACUCAGUCUCUUCAAGUCAACAGUGGCCUGUGGGUGGCAUACGAAUUCAGCCAGUUUAAGGGCCGUCAGAUGCUGCUGCAAACCGGCGAGUUUCCAUGUUGGAGUGAUUACAGUGGCUGGGACACCAUCGGCUCCCUCCACCCACUUAGACAGCGAAGGGCGUAUGUGCAGGUGAAAAAUCGAGCUCUGGGGAUGGCACUGACUGUAGAGAGAACCGGGGAACACCCGUGUCCUGCCAGACUCUCACUGCGUCCUACUGAACACUCACUACACGCACAGCACUGGGUGUACACACAGUCUCGGCUCAAGAGCAAGGUGGGGAAGGGCUGCAUGUCUGUGAUUGGUGGGAAGGCAGGUGCGGGGGCCAGAGUGGCUUUAUGGGAAGAGCAUGGGCGACUGAAUCAAAGGUGGAGUUUAAAUGAAAAUGGGACUAUCGCUUCUCAUUUAAACCACAGCCUAGUACUGGAUCAGAAAGGAGGGAGUGGAAUAGACAAGGACCAUAUGAUCCUCAGUGAGUUUUGUCCUGAUCGAGCCACACAGUUCUGGGACAUAGAGGUGCUUUAGUGCUGAGGCCAAGUAUCUGUUUCCCUGAAACAUGGACAGUUUCAAACUAAACAGCACUGCCUCCACCCAGCUACAGACGAACAGGCUGAAAUCACUGUUCCUUAAAACCUCGCCCUGAGGAGCCUCAGCAGUUCUCAUUAAGUUCUGCAUCUCAAUCCUAACACAUCAACUUGUUCAACCCAUUAGGUGAUGUUUAGGCAGUUGAUUCGGUUCUGAUCAUGGUGAAUACCACCAAGUGUAAUCAAAAGCUGGAGGUUCUGUUUUGUGUCAUAGUUUAGAACAAACGAGGAGGAAAGCCUGUUUCGAGAGGUGACCAACACCCAAAACCACUACGCAAGUCUAGGACUGUUCAAGCGCAGACUACGUGAGGAGAACAGAGCAGUUUGCAGUUCCUGUUUGAGGCAACAUAAAGAGUAGGAAUUAUAUGCUUGCUUUUUUUUUGUUCUCUAAAGCACAUUUGCACUAUUAAGCUCUUCAUUUGAACAGGACUGGCCCUUUUGUAAGUUUAGUGCAUUCCCCUUAUGCACUGCUACUGGAUUAGAACACUUGAUGUCCUCUUUCAGCCUCAAAUGAUGUCAAAACUCCCUUUACUCAGACAAACACGGGCCGAGAGCCAGCGCUUACUUCUGGUAGUCAGGCUGUGUACAGAGAAUUAUUUAAAGCUGGUCAAAUCACUGGAUUUAUCACAGAGCGCUGCGUGUAUGAUAUUCGGGAAAAGAUGUAUGUAUUGAAUGCCAUGUGCAAAGGAAAUGUGUACAGUUAUUAAGCUCUGUUUUUAAAUGUUAUUAAGAUUAAAGAUAUUACAAGCUGGUGUGCUGGUUGAAUGAAAAGUUUCCAGCCCUUUAUCUGGAAGACAGCAGAUCCUAGACCGUACCGGAAAGAACGGGAGUGUUGCUCUCACAAUGGUACUGAGAGGAUCCUUGCUACACGUCACUCAGACUGAGACAUCACGACACAAUAGCACAGUAUGUACCAGAAGAAUACCUUUACUGUUACACAUGCUCAUGUGUCACUCUCCCAUAUUGCUGAUAUUCCAACUGGACAGGCAGGUCAGUAGUGCAAGAGUAUGAGAAGCCUGUAAGCUGUGGAUCACACGCUGAACAACAAUAGGAGAUGAGGUCAGUGUCAUCACUCAUGCUUUCUGGUUGGAAGGCAGUAUAACCGCCGAAUCUUCGAAGGCUCACACAAGGCACAGACUUCCCUCAAAUUGCCUCCCCCCCAAUGUUGCUAUCAUUUUCUAUAUUGUGCACGUCUGGUUAGCAGACCUGCAGCAAUCCCUGGGUCCAGAGUCCGAGCACGAGGCCCAGUUUAUCAGCAUCCUGCUGCAGUGGCAGCUCAGCUACACGGAGUCGCUCUCCACUCAGGAGUUGCUGCAGAGCAGGGAGGUGCGACAUGGGGAAAUCCAGACCCUGCAGCAGAAAUAUAAGCGUGGGAAGAAUAAAAAUAAAUAAAAUCGACAGAUAACCCCAACAAUAUAGAUAUUUAGGCAGUGCCUCAAAGCCGAGCUCCUGCUGAGUGUAUAAGCAAAAUAUUCACAAGGGCACAAAAUCAACCUGAAUAGAAGAAGAAUAAAAGUAUAUGAACCAUCAAA